UAUAGAUCUGAAAAGGUCUCAGAAAAAAAGACCCACCAAUGCUAAUCAUCCUGGAAUAGCAGCAGACCUGCUGUGCACUGAAACAAACCUUUCUUCUGUGUGAACUGGGCCAAAAAGAAUCCAUGAAGUAUACUUCCAAACACCUGUAAAGUGAUGAUCAUCACAUGGGAAAUUGAGAAGCUCACAUAUGACAUAGUUCUGAACCAAAUGGGAGAUAUCCAACUGCCAUGAUGUUCCAGAAGGCCGUACUACAAAAUAAACAAGAGUAGAAAAUUUUAACCAUGUUUCAUGUGUGCUUGCACACUAGUUUUCUGUAGAUAUUGUAGACAAGUCCAAGGCAAACCUACAACCAUUUUUUUUAAAGUUCCCAAAUAAUAUACAGAGGCUAACAAUUGUGGCAAAAGGUUGUUUUAUAUUCUGUCCCUCUUACCCAUUGAUCAGCCAUCUUGUGAAAAAAUGCAGCAGUUACUUAUGGAUUUAGAUUUUGAAUGACCAUUAGGCAAAGACCAUUUCUCUAGAAAUAAUCAUGAUUGAUAAUUAUACAUGUAACAAGACUGAUGGAGACAAUACAGAUUUUCGGUACUUCAUUUAUGCAGUGACAUACACUGUUAUUCUUGUGCCAGGUCUCAUAGGGAACAUAUUAGCCUUGUGGGUAUUUUAUGGCUAUAUGAAAGAAACCAAAAGGGCUGUGGUAUUUAUGAUAAAUUUGGCCAUUGCUGACUUAUUGCAAAUUCUUUCUCUGCCACUGAGGAUCUUUUACUACUUGAACCAUGACUGGCCAUUCGGUCCUGGUCUCUGCAUGUUUUGUUUCUAUCUCAAAUAUGUUAACAUGUAUGCAAGCAUCUACUUCUUAGUCUGCAUCAGCGUACGAAGAUUUUGGUUUCUCAUGUACCCCUUUCGUUUCAAUGACUGCAAACAGAAAUAUGACUUGUAUAUCAGCAUUGUUGGCUGGCUGAUCAUCUGCCUUGCCUGCCUACUCUUUCCUCUCCUCAGAACCAAUGAUGAUACCCCAGGCAACAGAACCAAAUGCUUUGUGGAUCUUCCUACCAGGAAUGUCAAUCUGGCCCAAUCUGUAGCAAUGAUAACUAUUGGAGAGUUGGUUGGGUUUGUUACUCCUCUUAUGAUUGUCCUAUACUGUACCUGGAAAACAGCUUUAUCAUUACAAAAUAAAUACCCCAUCUCUCAACAUCUUGGAGAGAAAAAGAAAGCCUUGAAGAUGAUUCUGACCUGUGCAGGGGUAUUUCUGAUUUGCUUUGCACCGUAUCACUUCAGCUUUCCUUUAGAUUUCCUAGUUAAGUCCAAUGAAAUUAAGAGCUGCCUAGCCAGAAGAGUGAUUCUAAUAUUUCAUUCUGUGGCCCUGUGCCUGGCAAGUCUGAAUUCCUGCCUUGACCCAAUUAUAUAUUAUUUCACCACCAAUGAGUUCAGAAGACGUCUUUCAAGACAAGAUUUGCCUGAUAGCAUCCAACUCCAUACAAAAUCAUACAAAAUUGUGAGUAACCAUAACACCUCUACAAUGGCAACUGAACUAUGCUAAAUAAAACCCCAAACUAAACAUGGCCUAGAAUGAAAGUACCAGAACACAUUUGCAGUACCCUGUCAACAAGAUAGUACUCACAAAAGCAGUCACAACUUUUAAAUGUGUUCUAUAUUACUUAAAUGGGGAAUGCACAUAUUUAUGGCAGGACCUAUUUAGAACAUUAUGUUUCAUUAUCAUUGCUGGUGACAUGUCUAUGUAGUAAUGUAUGACCAAGUCUUUAAGACUUAAGUGGUAAAAUUUUAAUGACACUCUACGCACAUAUGCUCUCAGCUGGAGUCAUCAGCUUUGUCUGUGAACCUAAGUCACAAAGAGAUUACUAGCUCAAGCUCACCUUAAGUACUGAGUUUUCUUACCUGGGAUGAUGAAUUCAUCAGAGGGAAUGCAAUUGUCUAUUUGUAGUAGUGAUCACAAUUUGCAUUCCAACAACAUUUGGUUAUGUUUAAAGUUGGAUGAACAAUAUUUUAUGUACACAUAACAUUACAAAAAUAGAAUAAUUUUUAUCUCCAAGAUUUUAUUCCAUUCCAUGAUUUGAAAACUCCUAUGCUUGGUUUCUUCGGUUAGUGUCAAUAUGAAAUACUGUCACAUCUAAUGAGUGAAUGAAAUUAUGAAAUUAGGCUUUGGUAUUUUUAAACUAAGAACAACAAGACAUUCAUGACACACAAUUAUUUUCUGUGAUUGUAUAAAAUGCUACAUUGAAUAUUUCCGGGGCAGGUAGUUUUCUAGAGUCAACCCAAUAUGACUCAGAUGGCCUCUAGGCUUAAGAGAAAGGAAACAGGUGACAAUCACAGUACUAGCUCUCUUAAACUAGUUCCAAGGAACACCUUCAGAAAUGUAUGAACCUGCCUAAUAGAGAGAUUUUUUUCCCUCAUGUUUUAGAAUUAAAGAAAUCUAAUAGGUUACUGCACUUACUGAGCCUAUGGAAGAAACUGCGCCAAUUAUUCACUAAGCUUGGGCCAGAGUGAAAAGAUGAAGCAACUAUUGUCCUUCAUUCCCCAAGCUAAGUGGUUCCUGUAGGCGCAUCUACACAAGCCAGAGUAGGGCUUGAAGACACUGGUCAUGUGGGCUUUCAAGUCUGCAUUUUUGUUUCAGUUAAGUUUUACGAUUAUAAAGCCUACACAGAUUACCUCUCAGAAACUGUUAAAAGCAAUUUUUUUCACCUUUUGAGAAAAGUGGAGAUCAUUCCAGCAGCCUUAGGCACUCCUUAUAAAAGCUUUGCCUACUACCUACUUGGUACUAUUGAGCAGGAAAAACUGGGGUAUGUGGCUGUAAGUACUGGGAUAGUCUGAAUCAUGCUAUACAUUACAAAUAAGAUUACUUUUUAAAAUGUUUGAAUAAGAGAAUGGAAAGAGAACACACUCUUCUUUACAUUGGAAAAAAUGUGGAAA